AUGCCACACGCCAGGGUUUAUUGGUCAUGUUUGCUAUUUGCCGCUUUAAUCCCCCGCCUCGGGACGGCGGCGGGGGCCUCCGUGUGGAACGUAGACGUCAGCUCGAGGCCUGAAGCUGCAUUCCGGAAUGUCCUCUACGCCAACACUACUAUCUUCAUGACGUUCCAAGGUGAUGCGGCAUCGUGCAAGGGAAACCCGGCCUUCAAUAUCAGCUGGUACCUGCGCUCCUCCAUCUGCUACAAUGAAGUCUUCAAGACACCGGAUGACAGAGCCAUGAGCAUGUUUGGUCUGGAUCACAUGAUGAAAGACGGCUGGAGGGGCUUCUACAGCCAGGGCUACAUGUACUUCGACAACUGCUCCUCUCUUUUCGUACCAAAGAUUUACUAUGCAGAUUUCAACCCGUUCCUGCCCCUCUCGAGCUCAAAGAGUGACCUGUCGAAUCAGACCUCGAGUUGGCCAGAGAAGCCGGGCGUAGGUGCGGUGGCCAAGGCAUGGGAUGACAGUCCAUACCUGUUCCUAGUGAGGGUGCAGCCUCUGCGCCAAGGAGUCGACGACGAAGACAUGGUGGUUGGGCCUCUCAACUUUGCUUUCACAAUGAAAGUGGAGAUGAAGGGAUCAUACGACUAUGCCUCCCCAACAGACUGGCCGCUAAUGAUGUUCUUCAUGGUCAUGUGCAUUGUGUAUGUGUUCUUCGGGGCACUUUGGCUCCUCUGGUGUGCCUGUUACUGGAGAGACCUGCUGCGGAUCCAGUUCUGGAUCGGCGCCGUCAUCAUCCUGGGAAUGUUGGAGAAAGCUGUGUUCUACUCUGAGUACCAGAACAUCUGCUACAGGGGAGACAACGUUCAAGGUGCUUUGAUAUUUGCUGAGCUUCUCUCUGCACUUAAGAGGUCCCUAGCUCGAGUCCUGGUCCUCAUCGUCAGCCUCGGUUAUGGCAUUGUCAAGCCCAGGCUGGGUACCUCAGUGCAUCGGUUGGUAGCUGUAGGGCUACUGUACCUUCUCUUUUCCUCUGUAGAAGGCGUCCUGAAUGUCACAGGUGGAUCCUACAGAACGGUUUCCCUGGUGGCGCAGAUCAGCCUCUCCCUCAUCGACUCCUGUGUCAUGUGGUGGAUCUUCAUCAGUCUGUCGCAGACCACUCGACUGCUGAGGCUCCGCAGGAAUGUGGUCAAGCUCUCUUUGUAUCAACACUUCACCAACACGCUCGUCUUCUCUGUUGUGGCCUCCAUCGUGUUCAUCCUCUGGACCAACACACUCUUUCAAGAGGUGGAGUGUCAGACGGGUUGGAGGGACCUGUGGGUGGAUGAUGCCUUCUGGCGCCUCCUCUUCUCCACCAUACUGCUGGUCAUCAUGGUGUUGCUUAGGCCUUCUGCGAACAGCCAAAGGUUUUCUCAUUCUCCCCUGAUCGAUGAUGAUGACGAGGACGAGGAUGCAAAGGAGCCUAUGCUAAAUGAAGCUUUCGAGGGGAUGAAGAUGAGAGGCUCAAAGCCUGACACAAAUGGCUCCCAGAAACUCCUGAGUAAAGAGGAUGAAGACCUGAAAUGGGUGGAAGAAAACAUUCCUACGACCGUUGCUGAUGUAGCUCUCCCUGUAAUGCUAGAUGAAGAAGAGGAAAUCUUGAAAACCAAGAUGGAGAGGUCCAAAAUGGAGUAGCAGCACCUUCCAUAAACUUGUAAAGAACGGGGGGGAGGAGCGAUUUCACAGAGGAAGCAACAAAUUGAGUUGCGGUCACGUGACGUGACAACCAAAACAUUGUGGACACAGAUUGCUGUCACCACUAGAUUUUUUUUUAAUUUAUUUAUAAGUUUUAUAUUUCUUGGCACAGGUAUUCUGUAACUCGUUAAGUGAAACGGGAGAGGUAUGUAAUGAGCCGGUAGGAGAAUGUUGUUAAAGAGUGGGCUGGCCUGGAUGAGAGUGGUAAGUUCUUCUCAUCAUGUCAUGUGAAGAUUUGCACUUUGGGCCCUGGAGGGAAGUUGAAUGGAUCAGAGAAGAGGACGGCACUCUGGCAAGUUAUUUUAGUUUUUGCACAGAGGUUCAUAUGUCCAGAAGCCUUUUCUUUAGCCUUGUCAUAAAUGCAUAUUUGAAGGAUAUCCGGCCCUUUGCAGAAAACGGAAUAUCAGUCGAGCGUUGUCCUUUCUUCUUAAAUUACUUGAACCUCCAGCAAAGAACUCGCCACCCAGUUUGGAUUAAAGAAUUUGAGUGACGCGUGUCAUCUCCUGAUUCCACGGGGGACGUCAGAAUGAUGAGAAAGAUGGUUUUCCAGAUGCCUUGAAAUUCCAGAAAUGACCACAAGUCCUAUGCAUAUGUCCACCCUCCUAAGUUAAUGCUCUUACAACCCUCGCUAAUCUACUUGAUGCUCAGUGGUCCCAGCUGCCAAGAGAAGGAACCAAGUGGGUGGUCAUUGUUAAUUCCUCUACGCACUCAGAUGAAUGUGCAUUUUGUUUGUGCGUUUGUUUGUUGUCUUUUUUUUUCUUUCUUUUUUUUUCACCCAGGGAAGAUGUGCUGAGCCUGUAUGCUUUUUUUUUUGUGUGCUUUUUUCCACAUGUGGAACCUGCCAUUGAUUAUGGCAGUAGAUAAAUAGCUGUGGUAGAUAGCACUAGAGGCCUGUCCAGCUGGGCAGUGAGCCGCUCCAGUGGAGUAACUGCAAGUUUCAUGUUUUGCUAAAAGGGAAAUCUCAGAAUUAGUUUUUGAGGAAGGGAAGAGCAUGUCUUUUUUUUUUUUUUAUCAAAAAAUUAUUUAAUUUUUCUCAAACAGCAAUCUAUAGGAGAAAACAGAAUUGAAAUAUUAAAUAUGAAAAAGAGUAGUAAUCCCACAAGACCAGCCCCCCUCCACCACCACCACCACCAGACUAGGGCCAUAAAAAUAUCAAGAGGGGGGGAAAAGGGGGGGGUAUGCUUGGUGAAAUAGACACAAAAUUUACACACAUUAGUACAAAAUUUACAUGCAUUUACAAACAUUAGUACAAAAUUUACAUGCAUUUACAAACAUUAGUACAAAAUUUACAUAUAUUUACACACAAGAUUUUCACACAUUAGUACAAAAUGUACAUACAUUUACACACAUUUACAUACAUUUACACAAAAUUUACACAGUACAAAAUUUACAUACAAAAUUUACACAGUACAAAAUUUACGUACAUUUAUACACAAAAUUUACACACGGUACAAAAUUUACACACAUUAGUACAUAAAAAUUCAGCUGUACAUGUCUACAAGAUGCAUGUGUGCAGAUGUCAGACAUCUCGUCGUCAACCCACAACAGUAAAGUAUUUCCCAUGUGGCUCCUAAAACCAGAUCAGCAUUUAUCAAAGAGGUUUCCUUUUGAGAUUGAGCAAUCUUGAUGCUUUUUUCUGAUGCUUUUUUUUUCUGAUGCCAUGUACAAGGAAAAUUCUUUAAGCCACGUGGAGACAAGGGGAGGAUGUGCACGCUUUCAUAAAAAGCAAUAUAUUUAUCAGCAGCAAUGAUGGUCAGUUUGAUAAACCACACCUUGUUUCCUUUGUCAAGAGGGAUGUCAGAUAUGUCUCCUAGUAAGGCUAGUUCAGGUUAACAGGGGAUCUCAAACCCAAUAAUCUCUUAAGAAUCUCCAAAACUGAACCCCAAUGUUUUAAUUUACUACAUUUCCAGAAUAAGGUUACCUGUCUCUGUUUUGCAUCUAGGGCUAAGAUCUGAAGUUUAUUCAUUUUUCCUAUGGAGUGUUUCUGGUGUAAAAUAUGUUCUGUGGAUAAUGUUGAAAUGCUAAAUCUUACGGCGGCUGUUCUAUGAGAAGGUUAGCGUCUCCUCACAUAGUAAUUCCCAUUCGCUGUCUUCAAAAGUACAGUCCAGGUCUUGCUCCCAUUUGGUCCUAGUGUUUAGGGGUUUAGUCUCUGUGAAGGCCAAAAUUCUUUUAAACGUCAAGGACAAAAUGCCUCGGGUCUGUAAGAGUUUUGUCGGUUGGGGGGCAUUUAAGGAAGUGGAGUUUCUGCCCCCGAAAUGUACUUAUGAAGAGUCUGACCUGUAAAUAUUUGAAGAAAUUUGUAGUUGGGAGGUGGAAGAACUUACAUAACUGUUCAAAAGGACAUAAAUGUUAAUCUCAUAAAGGUCCCCACGUUUCUUGAUUCCCUGAUUGUGCCACAUCUUGGUUAUGCCAUCUGUUAAGUAAUGUGAUAAAGCGGGGUUGGUGUGAAAGGAAGGUAGUAUUACUGUGAAGUGCACCAACACAGUCGGUAAGAGCAUGUCUUGUUCACAUCCCCCACCCAAAAUCUCCCUAGAGAGAUUCGAACUGGCAACCCUCCUACCAGUUUCAGUUCUCCAGCUAGCUGCUAACACUGCUGCGUGUUGAUGGCCUUUUGAGCAAGUUAUCAGACAAAAACAUGGAUGUUGAUUCCCAGACAUACGAACGUCUUGCAGCCACAUCACCUGGAUCAGUUUGGACCGUACUCUAGUGGUUACUCACAGCAGCCUGUCUUACACAGCACUCCUGCUUAUAUAAGUAGCCUCACUUUCAGCUCGGUUUCAGUACUUGAAUCAUAUGACCGUUGUUGGGUGUAAUCCUGUUACUCUAAUUUUAGCAAUGCUGAGGGGGGAGGGGGGUUUUGUUAUAUUUUUACACUUACGGGCACGUGAAACCAUUUAAAAACCCAGUGUAUAAAUGCAUAGACACAAUAUCAAACUUAAAUAAGACUGUUUUGCAAAUACCUUAAAAGUGUAAAGUGUCGAUCAAGCUUUAAACCAGAGUGGAGAUAUAGGCUGAGAUCCCCGUGUAGCUGUAACCUCAGUUCUUGGCGGUUUUGGAGGAACUGAAAGACUGCAUGCUCACAGAAAAAGAUUUACAACUCACCGUUUCAUAAAACUCUUUUAAAAAGCCAUUUAAUGAUACUGAAGGAAUCCAGUUGUCAAUAUGGAACUAGGGGUGUUUUUUUUUUUUUACAUUUUUUUUUUUUUGCACUUAAGGUACAAAAAAAAAGACCCAAGUGUAGACCCGGAUUGUUCUGGAGUAUUCUUUGCUUCAUCAAGCGUCACACUUGUUAAAACCACAAUGACAUUGCUGCUUGAGCACCCCCUCCCCCUCCCCCUCCUGUUUGUUUGGUUUUUUUUCUUCUUCUUCUCUUACGUCUGUCCGGGCGAGUAGCUUAGUUUAGUAGCAUACUGCCCGGGGGCCAGUGUUUCUCAACCCAGUCCUCAAGGACCCCCUAUCCUGCAGGUUUUCAUUGUAACCCUGCAUAGGUAGCCCUGCUUGUACUUACUCGACCAAUCAUCUCGCAGCACUUAAUUAUGCAAGGUGUGCAACGUCUGACAAAAUGCAUUGCUGUUUGGUUGAAUAACUACAAACAGGUGCCUAUUCAGGGUUGCAAAGACAAUAUGCAGGAUAGGGGGGUUCCUUGAGGACUGGGUUGAGAAACACUGGUUUAGACCACAUGCACUGGCGAAUGAAGGCCUCAGAGGAGCACUGCCGUGCUCUCCGGGGCCCCCUCCAAAUAAACACGGUUCCGCCUGAGCCGGCAGAAUCGCAACCCUGUGCUCGUGCAAUCUACUGCGAUGUGUGUGUGGAUGUUUUGGGUUCAUUCGUUUGACUUUGUUUUAAUCGCCACUCGCUGAUGGAUGAAGGAGAUGUUUUAGUUCAGAGAGACGAGACUGCCUCUGGUCGCCGGUCUAAACUGUAAGUGUUUCUCAACCCAGUCCUCAAGGACCCCCUAUCCUGCAGAUUUUCUUUGCAACCCUGACUAGGCACCUGUUUGUAGUUAUUCAACCAAUCAGCAAUGAGUUUUGUCAGACGUUGCACACCUUGCAUAAUUAAAUGCUGCGAGGUGAUUGGUCGAGUAAGUAUAAGCAGGGCUACCUAUGCAGGGUUACCAUGAAAACCUGCAGGAUAGGGGGUGGGGGUCCUUGAGGACUGGGUUGAGAAACGCUGCGCAACGUGAAUUCUGUGUUACUGUAUGGGCUGUUGUGCGUUUCUCCUACAAUUAAAAUUUAUACUGAAAGGUUGUUAUCGUCUUGUUUUCUUCGGCUCUGUCCAGUGGUCCAGCGUCUG